AUGUCUGAAAGGGCAUCUAUAUCCAAAGACCCCGUGCUACCACCUAGCGCCCCCCGAAGGUUGGCCUCUAGAUCACCGUCGACUUCGCGAGUGCGUUUGCGCGACCCUGGGCGCGCAAGCAUUGACCGAGAAUCAAGUUCAGCAUUGGGGUUAGGGAGACAUGUCCCCCCAUCCUUUGCUUACCCAACGCCAGGUACUGGGCGCAAGAAUGGUACGCGAAGGAGCUUGUUUGUGUUCAAGAAGAACGUUCGAGUCCUAGACUUGGAGCCUGCUUCCGCGCCAAGGCACAACCUACGAGGUAUAUGCGAUGCCGAUGUCGAAGACUCGGAUUCUCCGACGGAGGGGAGUAUUACAACGAGUAGACCGGUGUUUAGCAAGGUCGUGGGCACGAACUCCGCCAAAGACACAGAGAGUUCGCAGAGAAAUGACGAGAGCGAGGACGAAGGCGGAGGCGAGGGUGGUUCGGAGGCGGACUCAAACUCGGACGACAAGGAAGGAGGCGACGAAGUGUUGGGUUCUCCUCGAAGGCGAAAAGGUCCUAUUUCAGCCAAAAUCAGAAGUUCCGAGUUAUCCCAUGCAUCCUCCUGCGCCAAUACUUCCAGGAGCCAGAAACGCGCAAAGUCGUCGGCUGAGAAAGACGCCGGAUUUGAGCGACACCAGCAAAUGGUUAUAUCUAGCCACGCCCUCAAAUCCAUGCUCGAUUUAUGCGCCUUAAAUCAAGCAAAUGAUGCCGGCGAGCUCGUAGCAAAGUUCGACGACGCUGGCAAGGCUGUCUGGUUUGUUAACGGGAUUCUUGUCCCGCAUUUUGAUCGUGGGUUCGACAAAGAGUGGGAAAAAUGGGGGACGAGCGCCAUAGAUGUGAUACGCGACCAGAGCCGCUGGGACCCUUCCGACGUCGAGUACUUGGAGUCUGUGACCGAUGCCGAAUGGAGAGUUGUCGUUAAAAAUGGGGUCUAUGCGACGAUGCUUCGUGUUUGGAAGAAGUACCAGGGAGAUGCAGGCAAAGGGCGGGAGUGGUCGGAUAAACGCAGGAUGUUGAACAGACGUCAAUCCCGGAAGGAUGCGAAAGCUAAAAGUCGCAUGGCAGCGCUCAAAGGAUCGGGACUUGAAGUCGGGGGAUUCAAAUUUACCGGCGAUCCCGGUUUUCAAUCGUCCGAAUAUUCAGACCCGGACGAUCAGAGCCGCCGUGUUGUUCAGGAACCCGAGUACCGAGUCGCAAAGCUUGUCCAAUUUUUGGGGGCGCUUGAUAUCGCAUACAAAGACAACAAGAAACAAUGCGGAAAUCAAAAGGUCACGCGCCGGGAUUUCAAUAAGGUCAAUAACGACGUACCUAAGCUCAAGAAAGGGAAGAUACCGGCUUGGGCUGUUGACAAGGAAUGGGAACGCACAAACCCAAAAGCAUGCAAACAAUCGGCUAAGCGAAUCGACUCGGACCUAGACGAAAUCCCCAAGAAGAAAAAUUCGACAAAUUUAUUGAUCGCCGAUACCCCUGUUCCCUCUAUUACGUUAGCUACGCAGAGCCGGGUCAUUGAAGCGGCCCCAGUUACGACACCUACUCUUCUUGCUGCCAACAUAUGCCAUCCCCCUGGAAAUGCAGUGUGUCAGCCCCCUUUGGAUGUGCCUACAGCUUUGUUAGUCGCCCCCAGUCAUGCCCCCGGGUCUGGUCAGUCAUGGGGUACAGCAAUGCACACCGGUGCGUCAAUGGGGUUUGGCACCGAUGUAGCCUCUGCGGCUCCAAAAGCACCAACAUUUUCCCAGCCUGCGUUCCCGCACUACGGGUACCAACCAGGUUUUCAGCCUGGAUAUCUAUAUGGACAGCCCGGCAGGAACGGAGGUACUCAAGCCCAUAUUCCAAUUGACCCUGCUCUUCAAGGUGAGACAAGUGGUCGCUUGUAUCCCUUGAACGGUAUGCCUCCACCGCCAGAGCUUCAUGAACAAGAAGCCGCCGCCGCGCAAUACAGCCUGACUGCGCAGCCAAAUAUACCCGGGCCAAAUCAACCAUCAAACACCAGACCCUGGGCAACCAAAGCGCGCAAAUCAAGCGUGGCAAGUAGCAGCGGCAAUGUUAAUGUUAAUGGCAACGGCGAUGGGAAUCCUGGGCUUGAUCCAUUGCGACUUCCUUGCAAGCGCCGCGCCCAACAAGUCAAGAAAGUUAAAGUUGUUUUCCGGGGUGCGUAG